CAGCUCAGUGCAGAUGCACAAGCGGUUGGGGCAGGGUUUCUUUCCCUUUUGUGUGGACUGCACAGCAGCUUCGCCGGCACGUUCAGCCUGGCAGUACCCACGACAGGGUGAAGCGCAGGGAUGUUCCUGUCAUGCCUGAGAGGGGUCACAAGUUAUUAAUGGCUUUGUCAUCACAAAGGAAACAAUCAUUCGGUGAAACUGCCAGCAGGAAAACUAUGUGUCGAUCGGGCAAGGUCACCAGAAUGAUGGCCUCGCAGGAGCAGGUCUGGCCAGUCCCAAUGAAGGCAAUUGGAGCACAAAACCUUCUGACAAUGCCUGGAGGAGUGACCAAAUCGGGGUAUCUUCAUAAAAAAGGAGGCACCCAGCUGCAGAUCUUGAAGUGGCCAUUGAGAUUUGUGAUCAUCCACGAGGGAUGUAUCUACUAUUUUAAAAGCAGCACAUCUGCAUCUCCCCAGGGUGCCUUUUCUUUGAAAGGUUACAACAGGGUUAUGCGGGCAGCUGAGGAGACAACAUCAAGUAAUGUGUUUCCUUUCAAGUUAGUUCACAUAAGCAAGAAGCACCGGACGUGGUUUUUUUCAGCUUCUUCUGAAGAUGAAAGAAAGAAUUGGAUGCUGUCCUUGAGGAGAGAAAUUGAUCACUACCAUGAGAAGAAAGAAACAAUAACAGAAUUCAGUGACUCUGGUUCUGAUGCAGACAGUUUCUAUGGCUCAGUAGAACGUCCCAUUGAUAUCAAGUAUUCUCAUCAUUCAGCAGAUAAUGAAGAUUAUGACCAGGAGGAAGAGGAUGAGUCCUACUUGCAGCCAGAUACUUGUGACAUAGUGAAAGAUGAUAUGGUGCUGCCCCCAGCAUACCCACCUCCACCCGUUCCUCAUGUCAGAAAAGCUGCCUACACAGAAGCAAGGGCAAAUUCCUAUGCUGGCAAACCUACAGCACCAGCACCACCACCACCUCCGAAGAGGAGCUUACCUGAUAUCAAACUAGAGGAUCCCGUAACCAUGAGAGAGCCGCAGUGCCGAGCUGAACCUAAUCUAAAGGUUCAGUCCUCAAGCCGGAGACUAAGUGAACAGUUGCCCCCUGUGCCCCCUUUGCCUGUUUUCAAGAAGCCUGUGUGUGUCAAAGAAUCUCACCCAUUGCCUCCAGACCCUCUGCCUCCAGCCCAAGUCCUUGCUCUUCCAGAAGGAUGCGAGAAGCUAAAAAACUUAAACCUUUCACAGCGAACUCCUCCUCCACUACCAGCCAAUAAACCCAAGCUGUCACAGCUCACUGAAAAACCAGUGGAGCUGAAAGUGCCAAGAGAACAUGGUAAACCUGGACUGUUUGUGCCACCAGUGCUCCCAAAGCCACCUGUGCCAAGCCACCAGCCCCCUGGAAUCAAGCCUAGAGCAGAGAAGUCUUCAUGUCCCCAGUUACAAUCACCACCAGAUGGACAGAGUUUUAGAAGCUUUUCAUUUGAAAAACCAGCACUACCCUCCAAGCCAAGCCAACCUGAUGAUGAUAACUCUGAUGAUGACUAUGAAAAAGUUGGGCUGCCUGCUUCAAUAUUUCUUAAUACCUCUGAAUCCUUUGAAGUUGAAAGGAUAUUUAAAGCUAGUAGCCCACAAGGACAACCGCAAAAUGGAUUGUACUGUAUUAGGAACUCAUCUACUAAGCCUGGAAAGGUAUUGGUUGUAUGGGAUGAACCUGCAGGAAAAGUGAGAAACUACAGAAUCUUUGAAAAGGAUGACAAGUUUUACCUGGAUUCAGACAUCAUGUUUUUGAACAUGGGAAGUUUGGUUGAAUACUACAGCACUCAUGUCUUACCUAGUCACGACAGCCUGAUGCUUCGGUGUCCUUAUGGUUACUCCAAACCAAGGUGACAUGACAGCCCUAGCUCACUGACACCCCACUGCCCUUGAGUCGACUGUGGACUCCUGCCACUGCUGGACAUCCUGCUGUUUGCACACACAAACUGAGUCUGUUCCCACCAUUUAUUCUCACAUGAAUUGUAUAUAAACGCCAUAUAAAGAACUCUUGGUAAAACCUUACAAUCCAGAUCCGUGGAUUUGAUGGUCUUUUCUUUCAAAAAGAUCUGAACUGAUUAUGCUGGGAAAGCUGUCCAGGAUACCCAGACUUUUUAUAAAACUGCUGCUAUCACUAAUCUUCUUGGAAUGUCAAAGAUGGGCAUGGACAAAGAAGUGGACUGAAUACAACUGAUCCAGAAAAUGGAAGCUUGUGGACAUAUAUCAGAAUUUACUUGUGACAGGGAAUACUAAUACUCUGACUUGAAGGUAGUGCUCCUAAAGUCAGCACUGGUGCUCAACUGAGAUAUUCUUUUGUAUUACUUGUAUAGUUGACAUGUAAAUAAUGAAGACUUCUGUGCAAACUAUUUGAUUUACUAUGGGUAAAGAUGAUCAGGAAAUCUGGCUUUUUUUUAAGCCACCUCAUACAUACGUGUACCUUCCGAGUACAGUGUCUGCAGUAAUCACUGUCAGGUACUAUCCAGCUGAUACAGUUGUGGCAUCUCAGUCUGAAUCUGUAUCCACAAACUUCUUUUUUUUCCUGUUACCUUUUCAAAGUUUACACAUGCCCAUUUUAAUGUUGUUACCACUAGAUUGCCACAACUUUAAAAACAUAACAAAACCAUCACGGAAUAAGAAUUUUCUGUUUACAAAAACAAUAAACCAGGUUUUAGCCCCUAAGGAAUUUUCCUUACUAAUCAGAUGUAGUAUGAGGAGUCAUACACAGGAAUUGAGGCAAGAAAGUCUGCCUCCAUCUUUUGCAAGAGACACAGACAUACACAAUAUCAGUCUUUUGAUCUCUGUUCCUGCUCUAAUAGGGUUUAUGUAUAUAUUAAGUACUCAAAAUUCAGAUUUCGUUGAAUAUCUUAAGUUUCUAAUUCCUUUUAUUUUAAAUUAGUAUCCCUGUGAUUCACUACUCUGACAUGAUCGACUCUAAAGAAGGCUCAGCCAAGACAGCAUUUAAAAAACAUUUUUGGCAAAUACAUAUAUGUAUAUCAGAGCAAGUUCAAGUUUCUUACAGUAUUCACAUACACUGUUUAGAAAGUAAAUUUUUCUCUGUCUGGGAACAAUGGACUUCAUUGUGUCAUGACAGUCAUAUUUACAGUAUGUUCUCUUCGGGGCUCUAUUCAGAUUUUUUUUCCACCCAUACACUCAGAAGAUUUUUAUAUUGUACACAUACAUCUACAACAUAACACUUUCUUUACUUGUGUAAUACAAGAGUUGAAAAUAUGUAAAUUUUUGUGUUAAUGCUGGUUUGUAUCUAAAUGUAUAGAUUUCUGAAACAGAUAAAAACUUUCAGUGCCAGUUCACCUCAUUUUGUGUGGUCAUCUUUAAUUCCGUGGGUGUGCGUUUUAAUGCUCUUUUUGUAGUUGUGUUAGAUACUGUUAGACUCUUCUAACCAUGAAGUUAAAGGAAUUAGUUUUCAGUCCCCUCAAGAAGCAAAUCUUCAUGUAAGCAACGCUGAGAAAUCUGGCAUUCCGGUCAUCAGACGGUGCAAGGUAAUCCCCUCAUCCCUCCAGAAACAGGUAGAAGGGUUCCAAACAAAUCUGCAAUCACUUACACACUUUUCUCCAAGCCCUCUUGCUCCUAUGUACUAGUCUGUUUAAUGCCAAAUCAAACGAAGCUAAAUUUCUGGUCUUGGUAGGGAAGAAAGUCACAGCUAGAACACAUGGCUCAGUCUAUCUCCUAUACCUCUCACUAAGCUGCCUCUCUUCAUUCCUUCACCACAAAGCAACCUUUGUGUCUUCAGCCUCCUGCAAGCUCCUUAGCUUUAAAGGAGUUUGUUGGAAAAUGUAAAAGCAUUUGGUGAGCAAAAACAGUUUAUGAGUUUGGUACUAUCCAAGUUAAAACUAAUUGAUACUAGUUGGGAAAAAGUCUUGCUUCCUCUGUCUGAACCUCCAGGAAAAAGUGUUACAGGGGCUAUUUGGGAAGGGGGGGUGUUGCUGUUCUAGGGGAAAGAAAAUUAAAGUGCUUUUGAAAAUAAAACAAAGGACAAUCAAU